CAGAAUUACUCUAUGGAUGAUUAUGAAGAAUUUAAAAAGGAUCUAAUCACAAAAAUAUCAUUGAAUAAGAAGAUAAUAGAAUUCCUAAAAUUUUUAGUUCAUCUGACUGCUUUAGAUGAGACCUAUAUUUGGUGUGGAUCGAAUUCUCUUCAUUUGCUAGUUUAAAUGAAAGUGGAUUUGAGGGAAUAAAGUUUUGAGAAUAUCAGGAUAAGAAAUACCUCUUUAGUUGGUGGGAAUUUUGUAAGAUGCAUAUUCAAUGGAUCAGAAUUUGACAAUGUAGAUAUUAGUGGAAUGAACUUGAAUUAAGCUUAAUUGUUUAAUUGUAAAUGGAAAAAUAUCAAAAUAUAUGAGUUAAAUAAAUUAGAUGGUCAUCAUGGAAGUGUCAAUUAGGUAUGCUAUUCUCCAAAUGGUAAAUUAUUAAUUUCUUGUAGUGAUGAUAAUUCGAUUAUAAUGUGGAAUGUUAAAACAGGAAAAGUUAAGUCUAAUAUCAAAUUUAAGGAAAAAAUUAAAUCAGUAUGCUUCUCACAUAAUUCUAGUACAAUAGCUUUCUGCAGUGGAAAUUUUGUAUAUUUAUGGAAUCUUAAAAAAGGAAAAUAAUUUUCUAAAUUGAUUGGUCAUUCAUCAACUGUUACUUCAGCCAAAUACUCUCCAGAUGGCACUACAUUAGCAUCUGGUAGUGAUGAUAAGUCUAUCUGUUUAUGGGAUGUUAAGACAGGAUUAUAAAAAGCCAAAUUCGAUGGUCAUUCAAAUUGUAUUAAUUCAAUUUGUUACUCUCCAGAUGGUACUACAUUAGCAUCAAUUAGUAAUGAUAAUUCUAUCCGUUUAUGGGAUGUUAAGACAGGAUAAUAUAAGGCCAAAAUAGAUCGUCAUUCAAUUUGUGUUUAUUCAAUUCUUUACUCUCCUGAUGGUACCACAUUAGCAUCUGGUAGUGAUGAUAAGUCUAUCUGUUUAUGGGAUGUUAAGACAGGAUUAUAAAAAGCCAAAUUAGAUGGUCAUGAAGAAUGUGUUAAGUCAAUGUGCUACUCUCCUAAUGGUACUACAUUAGCAUCUGGUAGUGCUGAUAAAUCUAUCCGUUUAUGGGAUGUGAAGACAGGAUAAUAAAAAGCCAAAUUAGAUGGUCAUUCUUAGUUAGUUACUUCAAUUUGUUACUCUCCUGAUGGUACUACAUUAGCAUCUGGUAGUGUAGAUAAGUCUAUCCGUUUAUGGGAUGUUAAGACAGGAUAAUA